AAUUCCCACCGAACGUUAAACCGCUCUCUGCUUCUCUCUCUCAUCCUUUCAUAUCAUUCUUUUAUGUGUGUGAAUCCUCCCAAUGAUUUUCAGACCCAAACAGGAAAUAUCGUUCUCUGCAAUCUCUUGAAAUCAAUAUAUUGCUCGAUUGCCGGCAAAAUAUACAUUCAACGAGGAGCGCAGGGAACAAAACACGAAGAACAGACUCCGCUCGAACUUUAAAAACGAGAACUUUACACAGAUUAACUGAGGUCAGCUCCAGAAAGAGAAGGAAAUAUCAUCUCUUCGAUUGUGUUGAGCAAGACUAGUUGGAAGCUCUCAUGGCUACGAGGCCUGUAAGAUCGUCAAAGCCACUGCACAACUUCUCAUUUCCGUGCUUGAAAUGGGGCAACCAAAGAUUCCUCAGGUGUGUCAAAGCCUCCCCCAACUCUGUCGAACCUUCCUCUUUCGAUCGCGGAUCUUCGCGAUUCCUACCGAAUUUGGGUAAUCCCCAUUUCCAACACAAACAAAAUAACCGUCGACCUUCCAAUCCGAAACGUAAAUCCAAUCCAGAGGAAGAUUCUGAGAUUAAUAUCGAGGCGGUUCGCGAGAAGCUCAUGAUCGAUCUCAGAGUGGCGGCUAAGAAGCUCAAAGUUUCGAUUCUUGAAGAAGGAGCCGUCGAGGAGGAGAUGGCAGCCAAUGCUAGGCCUUGGAAUUUGAGGACAAGAAGAGCUGCUUGUAAGGCUCCCCAUGAAGAAGAGCGCAAGUACAAUUCGUCUUCUUUGCCGAUGAAGGUCGUAGAAGCAGCGGUGACCAAGGAGAACCCAGUCAGCGAGGCGAAGAAUGAGAAAACCAAACUUUCGGUUUCUUUGUCGAAGGAAGAGAUUGAAGAAGAUUUCUUGGCUAUGGUCGGGACAAGGCCUCCGAGAAGGCCUAAGAAAAGGCCUAGGAUUGUACAGAGGCAAUUAGACACACUUUUUCCUGGAUCGUGGUUGACAGAGAUCACCGCAGAAUCAUACAAAGUGCCUGAUGGCCCCGAAUGAGGGGCUGCAAUGAUAGUUAAACUGGUUCCUGCCUUCUGGAAGUAUCAGAUAUUUUGCUCGGUGACUACUUCCCACGUUGAGAUAAAUAAAGGCAAUGACCAAAUCAUCCAUGCAAAUCAAAAGUUUACCUCAACAAACAUGAAUAUCUGGGCCUCUUGCAUUCUACGUUCGGGUAUUUGAAUGUAUUUGCUUGCACGUGCUUUUUCUUUCUUUGCGCUUCUGUGAAAAUCUCAAGUUUACCGCCAAAUUGGUAGACUCCCGCUGUAAUAAAUUUAGCAGUUUUUUACUUGUAUGUUUAAUUUUUUAUUACUUCCUAUCUUCAAAAAUCGUUCAAGAAAGUGAACAACCCUUUGUAUAUAUUGUAUAGCUUCUGGUUUCUACAAAAUCAGGAAGCGUUGGGGUUAUUAAGCAUCUUUCUCGGAACAGUAUUGUUCUUUGCAGAAUUACCAAUAAUAUUUUAAUGACGAAGUUCACUGAGUUUAUUCUUUUU